AUGAUUAAUAGAGAUUAGCAAUUCAAGCAAAUUCUUAGUUCUUAGAAAUAUGAGGGAAGCACUAAUAACUAGAAUAGAGUGAGUUCUUCUACUUAUUUUCCUCAAGAAAGCCAAUCUUCAAGUAAUUUAAUGAUUACACUUUAGAGACCGCAAACUGCGAAGUUAAGCUAAAAAUCAUUCACGAAGCUGCCAUAGCAAGGAAGCAGUUCUUAGAUUAAAAAUAUAGAUUCGUAAAGAAGUUAAAAGAGCAACCCUCUUAUGAAGCACAGAAAUGUAUCUUCUCCUGGUCACAUGCAAAAGUCAGUGAAAAUAAAUACUAAAAACAGCAUAUCUAACUAUUAAUUAGGUAGCACUAAAUCAGAAUUGACUUUUAAAUCAUUUGAAAAUAUUCCUGCUUCUAGUCAUAACAUUCAAUAAAACAAUCAAAUAACUAGCAAUACUUAGAAAGGAUAUUCUCCUUAGAAAACUUAGAACACUUUCUAUCAGCAAACUGGUUAAAAUUAAAAGCAGAGUAUGAUGCAUUUGUAGAGUUAAAAUUAAUAUAAAUAUGAAGAGUUGUCACAAAUAAGCGAUUCUAAUAUUAUGUACUAGGAAUAAUAUGAUUAAAUGAACUAAGAUGUUUCUUUUUAAAUUUAGCAAGCUCUCAAUUCAAUCAAAGUUGAUUAAGUAAUUAAGCUAUUUGAGAGUAAAUGCAAAGAUAUUAAGUUAGAUGUGCAAUUCCCGCAAUUAAUUAAAUUUGUUGACAGAGUUUAGAAAUCUUGCUAAAAUGGUAAACUAGAUCUUAGUGAGUAGUCGCUGGGUCCAAAUAGUGCUAAAAUCGUUUCUGAAAUUAUUAAAAAUAACUCAAAUUUUUCAACAUUAAACUUAAAUAGAAAUAACAUAAAAGAUGAAGGUGCCUUAUUAAUUGCUUAGGCAAUUUUAAAUAAUCCUAACAUUUGUAUUAUAGAUGUUUCCAAUAAUAAUUUAUCAUCGUAGGGAUGCUAAUUCUUUUUUGAGCUCCUAAUGUCAACAGAAAGUAUAUAUUCCCUCAAUAUCUCAUCACCAGAUAGUUACAAUAGGAAUAAAAUGAACUUUGAAACUUCUAAAUCUAUUUGUUAAAUGUUGAAAGUCAAUUAAACACUAAGUUUUCUAGACUUAAGUCACUCAUUAUUAGGGCCAAAUGGUUUAAAUAAAAUUGUAAAAGGUUUGAAAGAAAAUAAAAGCUUGGUUUAUUUAAACCUUUCUUUCAAUGAGCUUGGACCUGAAUGUGGCAAGAUUCUUCAGCCUAUACUUUUAAAUAGUAAGAUCGUUGAGCUAAAUUUGUCUAAUAAUAAAAUAGGAAAUUAGUCUUUAGAUAAAAUAGGAGAAACAAUAUUAACAGGAUAAGGAACGUUUGCUAUUGAGAUACUAAAUUUUUCUUAUAACUAAAUUAAUUCGGAUGGUCUUUGUGAUUUCAUGAAGGCAAUAAUGAGAAAUAGUAAAAUAUAAAAGCUAUAUUUUGAUGGAAAUUCAUUUUAAGAUCCUGUUAAUGAUUCAUUGACUAACUAUUUUAUUGCAAACAGUUCUUUAAAAACAUUUAGUUUAAGGGAUUGCUCAUUUCAUGCUAAUUUAAUAGAAAAUGUUUCUUUAGGUUUAUAACAAAACGAUUCCUUGAAGGUUUUAGAUAUAUCUCACAAUUAUAUUGGAGACGAAGGACUAACUUAUUUAGCUGAGUGUUUGAGUAAAGAAAAUAAAUCUCUCGAGGAACUUUACAUGAAAAGAUGCAAUAUUUAAGAAAAGGGUGGAGUUGAAUUAGCUAAAAUUGUUGCAUGUCACCCCAAACUAAGCAAAAUAGAUGUAUCACACAAUUUAAUGAGUGAAGAGUCAGGAACUUACAUAGCUACUAACAUUAGAACAAAUUGGAACAUAGUCUUAUUUGAUAUUGAAAAAAAUUAUAUAAGAUAUGAUCAACAUGUGGAAAUAAAAAAAUUAGUAAAAAGGAAUUAAGAAUUCAGCAAAAUGAAAGAGCCAGUUUGUUUGUUAAACACAUUGAGCAAUUUGAGAAGCUCAGAAAUAAAGAAAGAAGAUUUAGAAUAAAGGAAAAAUAAUCUAAUUUAAAAAGAAAGGAUAAAUAAUAAUGACACUUCUUAACUAGCAGUUUAAAUAUAAAAGGCUGAGUAAGUUUUGGUCUAGACAGAGGAAGUGGUGAAACAGCAAUAACUAGAAAUGAGAGCAGAAAUGGAUUAAAUUAUGAAGGAAUUAAAAAAUUUGGAUAUUAUACAAAACACAUAAGUUAAUGAUUUGUUGAAAGAAAUUGAUAAACAGUUUGAGAAGAACCAAAAUACAAGAAAAGAAAUCGAUACUAUGAGGAAAGAGAUCAAAACAAAAACUCAGGACAUGAUUCACAGAAAAAAUUUACUUCUUCAAUAACUUGCUAUAUAAAAGAAAAUUGUAAAAGAAGAGGAGUUAAAAGCAAAAAGUGAAGAAAUGGCUUACUAAAUGUUUUCCUAAAAUGUAGAAAAUCUAAAAAAGAAAAUAGAAUUGUUAAAGCAAGGAAAAUUACCUCCAUCAGAUCAGUAACUUUAGAAUCAAAAGACACUCUCCACACCAAAUUCUCCUUAAACUAAACAAGGAAAUUUCUCUUUUCCACCUGGAGCAGAAAAUACGAAUACAAAAACAUCUGCUUUUAAAAAACCAAAAACAAAAACUUCAAAUUCUGCAACAAACAUAAAAAAUAAAAAGUAGCAAAAUAAAAAUGACACAAAAAAGUGA